UGGUUGUUUGAACGACGACAUUGCAACUAAAAUAUGAAGCAACGUCCGACUAGAUAGCUUGGGUCCGUGGAGGAAGUUCUCUUUAAACCGGAAAAAGAUCCAUACCGUUGCAGCUCGAGGUACAAGGAAAGAGAGAGAGAGAGAGAAAUGGAAAAGGAAGGUGAAGACGAGGAGAACACCAUAGAAGAAGCAAGCAACUCAGCUGAGGACGUAAGGAGUGAAGAGGAAGAUGAAAAGAUCAGAGGUACAGUCGCUGAACUGGUUGAUCCAGUAGAUUCCACAGAAGAAGGCUCCACGGAUCCAUCUAACUCAUACACGUUUGGUUUCCAAGAUCAUGAUGUCAAUGAAUCUGAUAUGGAGGAAGAAGAGAAGGUUCUUGAGUUUUUCAGACGUAAUAGUGGUUUAAUACCAUAUAUCGACGAGAGAAACAACUUCCCAUAUCUCAACAAGUCUCAAGGAAUGGUACUUGAGUUCCAGGAAGACACUCCUGCAGAAACAGAACAAGCAAAUGCAAAUAUAGUGUUCCACAGUUUCAAUGAUAGCAAUGAGUUUGCCGAUCAAAGCACAGUGAAUCUGAAUUCACCGGAAGUACCAGAAGAAAUCAAGUCAUCAUCAGCUUCAGAUAAGGAUACAGAUGAUUCCUCCAGUGACUCUGACCAUGAUUCAAGCCUUUCCAGGUAUUACUUUGACGGGUCCUUACCGGUUUCAGCUCAUGUCGAAGAACUUGAGACCCAUCAAGAUGAAUCUUCUUCUGUACGUAAAGAUGAAAACCAGAUGCCUCUGCUCUGCCCCAAGCAACCCGUGCUGCAACCAACUUCGUGGAGGAAUUGCUGCGGACUCCUAGAGCUUCUCCGGGCUGCUGAUCUGUAAAAGUUGACCUCAGGCAAACCAAGAUUAUGGUCUUUUGGUAACCAAUCCUAAAUGUUGUUACAAUUGUUGGCAAGCGAACGUUGAUAAAAGUUGUUAAGCAGAUUCCAUUAUACUUUUUGUACGGAUAUCCUUAGAGUUUAAGGGGCCCAGCCGAAUACUAUUAAGCCCAAUUACGACAUGUUUAGCAAAUCGUAUUGACUCGUGUCUUUGUUGUUGGACAUGUAGUAAAGUAAUAAUGUAUCAAUGAUCUUAAGGUAAAGGAUUUAAAGUUA